AGAAUUUAUAGUGAAAGUGCUUUUUAAGUCACUAGGCUUGAUCUGUGUCUGGGAAACCGGCCCAGAGACUUUUUAACACGUGGAGUGUAUAAAUACUCAAAGAAAAUGAAUGCCUAUCUUGGUGGCAAUUUUGGGGAUUAUUUCGGUUGUCCAAGCCUAUCCAGCAGUACAAUAAUCCUUAAAAUUAAAGACAUUUAAAAAUGUUGCGCUUACCAAGUAGUUUAGACACAUUCAUUUUCGAGAAAUGUCUUAGAUUUAAAUAAAAAGUCAAGAAGUCCUGGAUAAGAGCAUCUGGUAAAUGUAUCUCCUUUUUAAACCAAUACUACUGUACGCCGAAUAGUAUACUGCUCUACCGACUAGUAGGCCGUCAUUCUAAAUAAUAAUUUGUUCUUAACUGACUUGCCUAGUUAAAUAAAGGUUAAAUACAAAUAAAUAAUAAUAAAAACAAUCCAAACCGAGUGAAAGAAGCGCAAUCACUGCGCAUACGUGAUGCUCGUGAACAAACAUUUUUCCUCAUAAAAGCGGAAGUUUACAGUUGGAUUCCCCGACCCUCCUCCAUGUCAAGUAAUUGAAGAACACCUAUCCGAGACUGUGGCACCAUGUCUGAUCCGGAAUCCCCGGAUUCUAGUGAUCCGGCUCAGAGAAGCUCCCUGCGAGGUCCAGAGAUGGCGUCAGGGAAGCUGGAGGACCGCAGUCAAACACUGGAACUCAGUGUGGCUGUCAAAGAUGAUGAUGGUAAUAACGAGGAGGAGGCUGAUGAAGAGGAUAGCGAUGAUGUAGACUCUGGGCAUAACGUUGUGAAAGUGGACAUGGACGAGGAGGAAGGAGAAGCAGUGAAGUCGGGGCUUGCUAUUGUUAAAAGAGAUGCAGAGGAGGAGGGAGGUGGCGGGGAUGAGACCAACUCAGGAGGCGGCGCCAACUCGGACAUAGACAGUUUAGAUGGGGAGAAUGAACAGAGUUCGAACGCUCAGAGUGCAGUGAAGAAACCACACCCCUGCUCCCAGUGUGGCAAGACCUUCUUCACCGUGGGGAGCCUGAAGAGGCACACGCAGACCCACAGUGGCGAGAAACGCCAUCAGUGCUCCGUCUGCGGGAAAUGUUUCUCACGCUCAGACGACAUGAAGAGACACCUCACCAUCCACACAGGAGAGAGGGUGGGCCACGUCUGUCACCAGUGUGGGAGGACUUUCACCAGUGUGGGAGGGCUGAAGAAACACCAGAUGACCCACACAGGAGAGAAGCCGUUCCAGUGUUCAGAGUGUGGGAAAGGCUUCACUGCGCAGGGUAACCUCAAGAUCCACCAGCGCAUCCACACAGGGGAGAAACCGUACCAGUGCUCCCAGUGUCAGAAAAGCUUCUCCCGGCUGGCCCACUAUAAAGACCACCAGCAGACUCACCGGGAGGAGAAACCGUACAACUGCAAUGACUGUGGGAAAAGCUUCUCCUACUUCAAGUCACUCAAGUGCCACCAGAUGAUCCACAAAGGGGAGAACCUCCACCACUGCUCCGUAUGCGGUAAAGGGUUCGCCAUCCGAGGCAACCUGAAGACCCAUCUGCAGACACACACCAAGGAGAAACCACACCAAUGCUCAGAGUGCGGGAAACGGUUCUCCCGAGCCCACGACCUGAAAAAGCACAAGCUGCUCCACACGGGGCAGAAGACCUACCACAUUUGCCAGUGUGGCAAGAGCUUCACGGAGCUGGGGAACCUGCGAACCCACCAGAGAACUCACACCGGAGAGAAACCAUUCUGCUGUUCUUUCUGCGGCCGAACCUUCUUGCGUGCUGGAGACCUGAAGAGCCACCAGCGGACACACACCGGAGAGAAACCAUUCAUCUGCGUCAUUUGUGGGACCAGUUUUGCCCAAUCUGGCAACCUGAAAGUGCAUCAGAUCACACACACUAAAGAGAGGCCGUACCCUUGUACUGUCUGUGAUAAGGGGUUCACCACACCGGGGAGUCUGAAGCUACAUAUGAGGACACACACAGGGGAGCGGCCGUUCCUGUGUAGCGCGUGUGGGAAAGGGUUCACGGCGUCAGGGCAGCUGAAGAGGCACCAAGAGUGUCACAUGAGAGACACUGUCCAAUCAUCUCCUAGUGAAGACACGGGGGUGGCGGUGGCUUCAAAAUAAAAGUCCUCUCUAAGCGGACUACAAAAUAAGAGUACUGGAAACGUGCCAUUGCGUGUCUGAACUGUGAUCAUGAUGGGAGGUUUUACUGCUUCAUGAUGUCACUAUGGGCUCUGGUCAAAUGGGACACCAUUCACUGUGGGCUCUGGUCAAAUGAGACACCAUUCACUGUGGGCUCUGGUCAAAUGGGACACCAUUCACUAUGGGCUCUGGUCAAACGGGACACCAUUCACUGUGGGCUCUGGUCAAACGGGACACCAUUCACUGUGGGCUCUGGUCAAACGGGACACCAUUCACUGUGGGCUCUGGUCAAAUGAGACACCAUUUACUGUGGGCUCUGGUCAAAUGAGACACCAUUCACUGUGGGCUCUGGUCAAACGGGACACCAUUCACUGUGGGCUCUGGUCAAAUGGGACACCAUUCACUGUGGGCUCUGGUCAAAUGGGACACCAUUCACUAUGGGCUCUGGUCAAAUGGGACACCAUUCACUGUGGGCUCUGGUCAAACGGGACACCAUUCACUGUGGGCUCUGGUCAAACGAGACACCAUUCACUAUGGGCUCUGGUCAAUUGGACUGCACUAUAAAGGUAGUAGGGUACCAUUCAGGACCUACACUAUUUCUCCCUUUUGCAGAACGUCAGUUGUUUACUCUAUGAGUUUUUAAAGUGUCCGAGAAUGUGAUGUUUGAUCCCAAAAAUUGUAUUUAGAGUCCUGAAUGACACCCAAUUUAGUGCACUACAUUUGACCAGGGCCCAUAGGGUUCUGGCUAAAAGUAGUACACUAUAAUAGGGAAUAGGGUGCCAUUUGGGACCCUAUAUGAAUAUGAAGGUAGUGGUGGUAUUAAUGGUAAAAUAUCUGUCAUGUCAUCCAUGUCAUCUACCCAUUAGAAUGUACACGAUCUGAUAUUGAUCAUAUAAUAUGAUUCCCAAAUGGCACCCCUAUUCCCUAUAUAGUGCACUGUUGAUCAGAGCCUAAAGUAGUGCACUAUAUAGGGAAUAGGGUGCCAUUAGGUUCGCAAAACAGAGUGUAUACUAUACUACAGUACUAAUGAACACAUUCUCUGGUAAACACAGUUUACUGAUUUGUCUCUUUAUUAUCUGAGUAUUGAUCUGAUUUUAAUAAAUAACACUAAAGUAUUCUA